UCGUCAUUUGACAUUCUUGCCUAAAAGUCAUUUGGAUUCUCGUUUCUCAUCACUGCAGAACCCUAAUCCAUGCCUUCUUCACAUUUCAAAAAUCUCGAUCAAAUCGAGUAUAAAUUGCAGAUUCUCUGCGGCUAGAUUCGAACCCAUCUCUGCGAUUGAAUCAAGUUCAUUUAAAGAUUGAAUCGAGUUUUCUGUGAGAGAGGUUUUGAUUUUGAAUGUGGGUUUUAGUGGGAGGUAUGGACAAAUCUGCGAUCUGGGAUUGUAGAAUUACUGGAAAUCUUUUAGCUUUUGAAUGCUGGAAAUCAUGGGAAGUGGUGUGGGGUUUAGGUUUGAAAUGAUUGAAAUUUGAUACCUGUAAGAAUAUAAAUUGAAGAAAAAAGUAAUAGAAGUUAGUUCAAGUAUUUUAUAGAAAUGGAAUAAAUAUAAUCUUUAAAGUUUCCAAAUAGUUUCUUCCAUCCAUUAGAUUCUGCCUUUCAAAAAAGGCCUCCAAUGUUAGGGUUUCAUUAUUGUCGAAGCCUAACCCAAACCCGAAUUCUUCAUUUCAUCGAUGCCGAUAAUAUGUUUGUCAAAAUACCUCUAAAUUAAGCUCGAAUUGUGGAAAUGCUGGUUUGAGAUGCUCAGUACCCGGGUAGGCAAAUUGGUAUCAUGCAAUGCUUUUUGAGUGCUGUUAAAUGAAUUGACUAGUAUGCUGCUCUUUUGUUGUAGUAAUUGGUUACGGUGAGCUUAGAGGGCCAACCACGCAAUUUGCAAUUCCCAUGCAUCGUUUUGUGAUGAAUGGAUUGGUCGGGUCAUUAGCUUGAAAGUGCCACAUCAGUAAUUGCCCUUCAUUGAAUCUAGGAUAGCUUUUUUCCUGCUCUAUCUGAACUGGGAAUUGAUAACUUUUCUUUCCAUCCUCAAUGACCUGACAAGCCAGAGCCAGAUGUAUUUGAGAGAUACUUGAGAUAGUUAUGAAUCUGUUAUGAUCUUCGUCAUUAAAUAGUUUGGAUUUCUAUUAUCAUCAUAUAGUCAUGCUUAGCUGUUAAACUUAUUGAUGGUUAGUGAUCAGUUUAUUUCCUAAUUUACUUCUCUGGACUUAUGCUAUCAUUAUCAAAGUCAUACUUAGCUGUUCGAAUUACUGUAGUCACACAUUUAGAUGGUGUUACAAUUAGUAAUAAUUUAGCUGUUGCUGCAGGAAAUGAAUUUUGGGUAUUGAGCGUCCCAUUUGUCACAUUUUCUUGAUGUUAAUGAAAUUCGUGGUUCGAAGAGUUUCAGAUUUUCCAUUUUUGUUCAAAAUGAGUGAAGGUUGUCAUAAUUUUUUAAUUUAUGAGGAUCUAUUUGUAUAUUUUUGUCCAGUUAAACAUCAAUUUGAAGGUCUAUUCUCCCAGUUGCAUAAAGCAUGAAUUUUAUUGUAUUUCCCUUCACACAUGGACAAAGCUGGAGCAGCCAAGUCAUGCACACUUGGUGACAGGAGUACUAGCGACAUUACCGUACGACUGACUAAUAGAGAAGGCAGGCCGGAAUGGUUCUACUCUCACUCUUCCAUUCUUAUAAACAAGAGCAAGUUCUUUGCAGACCAGCUCUCUCAUCUGGAUUCUACAGCUUGCAUCGAGAUUCACUGCUCAGAUUUUGAUUAUGAUCAUCACGUUAGUCUUUUGAGGCUGCUCUAUCUGCCUGAGGAUUCAGUUGUUGACUCUUUCGAUUCUGUUAAGACUGCUAUUGGGAUUCUUCAGGUGGCUGUUGCCUUACACUGUGAAGAAAUCACACGGAGUUGCAUCCAGUACUUGGAGGCUAUUCCCUGGGAGGACAAGGAAGAGGAGGAGAUCUUAAAAGCAGUUUCGAAACUGGGUCCAGUAGCCAUGCCCAUAGUGGCCAGGUUACAACCUGUAGAUCUAAGCACCACAAGAAAUGUUUUUGUUUCUGCAAUUCGAUUUGCCACAUCCAUUGCAGCACCCUGUCUUCCUUUUGGAGAUGAGCUUAAAACUUCUGCUCAGGAACAAGUAGAAUACAUGCUUGGGGAAGAUGAAGAUACAUCACUGAUUACAGCAGAUGAUGAAGUAAAAUUGGUGGUAAAAAUGGGCCUUUCCCAGAUUUGUUCUUCAUUCGAAAAGGAAUUAUCUUCAUUGCUUUUGGAGUCUGAUCUUACAUCUGAGGCAGUGGAAGAUAGAGUACUGAGGAGCCUAUCAGACCUUGAAUGGAUGUGUAAUAUACUUCCCAAGAUGGAUUUGAUGAAGGAAUUUGUUUCUAACUGGACUGAAAUCUCUGGACGCAUUUUGACAGUGGUUGAGGACAGGAAACUUGAUUCUCUCAUGUGGGGUUUGAAAGUAAAGCUGAUAGAAGUGACAGGAAAGGUCUUGGAAGCAGUUGGCUAUGGCAAUGUGAUUCUUCCUCCCCCAUGCCGGGUGCAAUUGCUGAAGACCUGGCUUCCCUACAUAAGAAAAAUGAAGCCUCUUUUGGAUUCAAAAGGACAUGAAGACCUGGGUUUUCCCCACAAAAUGGAUGAGGACCUGUGUGAAAGCAUUGAAGGCGCAAUUAUCUCACUGAUACUGGCACUGCCAUCAAACGAUCAAGCUGAUAUUCUGGCAGACUGGAUGAAGACUGAGCAGGUGAGGUAUCCUGAUUUGAGCGAAGCUUUUGAGGUCUGGUGUUACAGAACCAAGUCUGCAAAGAGAAGACUGGUGGAGGGGCUGGACAAAGUCGGCAACGCUGCAGUCAGCCUUUGAUUUCUGCCCUGGUUUUGUUGUAAGAUGAGAUUAUAAAAUGGGUUGGACGGUAAUGCUGAAUUUAAUCUCUAUUUCAUUUCAUUUUCAUGUAGUCUGGCAGUGGCCCCAGGAAUAAUGGUUCCACUUGAUAACUAUAAAUUCAGGCAUCUUAUCAACUUGCUUUGUUUA